UAAAAAGUAUAUGAUAAUGUGCCCCUCUAGGGGUUGUUGCUGUGUAAUGGUAGCAACCAUUCUUAUCAUCUCGACUAAGGCAGGUCUUGGGUCUGUCUUUUCAGCGAAGGCAAGGAAUGUUAAUCAGUUACCAAAGCCAAUAGCUUCCCGAAACUCGCAAUGGUUUUCGAACGGCUGUAGUCAAGUUUCAACUCUGCUUACAAAAAAGGCCAAUGUUGAAGCACAUGUGAAUAAGUUAAUGAAACAACUAUCAAAGUCAUCUGAAAUCGGAAGUUCAGAGAUCGAAAAAGAAAAAUACGAUCUAAAGUUGGAGUUGUAUAGUUUGUUUCUGAAGGAAAUCAACCAAUCAGAAUACUUUGUACUAUCAGCUCUGGAUUCUUUCGGAGGAGUCUUAAAAGGCGACGUCAACGACAUUGAGCUUCUUAAAGCUAACACUAAAUAUCGCAUAAACCAGUUGCAAUACGCUAUAUUUGCAGAAGAAAAAGAGCUGAACGAAGUAUCUGAAAUUGAGACAAAGCUGAGUUCGCUGCAGGGUUUUCGGAAACAGAUAAAUGAAUCUUCAAGCGUUAAGCAGAUGUUUGUCGAUAUGAUGAAUGAGUUGCAUCUGGCUGCCGCGGAUCUUUCAAAUGGUGAUGGUGAUGAUGAGGAUGGAUUUUUGAAAAAAGAAGAUUAUCAGCAGUAUCGUGAAAAGCACAUAGGAGAAAUUGAAGCUGUUUAUCAGGUCCGAGAGAACAGAGCUCUUUUGGAUGGCAACAUUGGAGAUCGUCCAGCUGGAAUGUUGAUUGACAGUCGGGACAACAAAUAUGUCCUCUCCAGACCCAAAGAUAUCACUCUUUCUUUGGAGGACCGCAAACUCAUCGUGGAUAUGUUUUUGGUUGUUGUCUCUGCUUUCUUCAUGUCCCAUUUGUGCAAUAUGAUGAUGCUACCAUCUGUAAUUGGAUUUAUUGCUGCUGGAGCGGUUGUCGGCCCUUCGUGUCUGAAUCUGGUCUCAGAUUUAGUUCAACUAGCGACUCUGGGAGAGAUAGCAGUUUUCUUUGCAGUUUUUGAUCUGGGAUUCAAUUGCGGACAGCUGGACAAAAUAAGAAGCUACUGGAAGAUAAUCGUGUUUGCUUUUCCAGCUUUAGCACUUCUUCUUUUCUGUGUGUUUGGACCGUUUUACUCUUUAUUUGGCUCUUCCAAGCUUGAGAUGGCAAUUGUCAGCAUUUGUCUAUCUGUCUCAACUAAAAGUCCAAGUCACAAGUGCUCUGCAAAUAUACAACUUUCAACUUCGGUCCAAUUCGACGACAUUUUGAAAAUGUUCUACAUAGGACAGCAUGUUUUCCUAGCAGUUGUUCUUGCCAUCAUGCCGCAUCUACACGAACAACAGCGCCAGUUCAAUGCUCAAUUGGUAUCUACUUUAGUAAAAACGGUUAUCAUGUGCUUGGUUUUAUCAGGACUUGUAUGUCUUGUGAAGAGAAUGAUGCCGAUCUUAGAGGCAUCAAACCAAUUGGAUGUCAUUGAUGUAUCAAGACCACUCAAUGACCUAUCAAAAUCCAAAGGGAAAUCUAGCGGCAUGUUUCUGCUGUUGACCCUCAUCAGUGUUGUCGUGGUAUCUGCUUGGGCUGAAGUGUCAACUGAAUUGUCAUGCAUUUUCUUGGGCGCAAUCGUUCGUUACGCUGGUUCAGAUUUGUUGUCUUUGCAUCCGAACCAGGAGAACCUGCAGCUCCUCAAAGAUGUCUUUGGUUCUCUAUUCUAUGCUUCUAUCGGAUUCCAUCUGGUUCCUUCUUUUGUAUAUUACGAAUUGUACAUUGUAAAUACGCUCACUGGUUUGAUUCUGUGUAUUAAAUUUUGUUUCCUCUUGUUGAUAUUCACCAAGUUCGUUCCUAAUUUCACAUCUGUGUAUAAAAUCAAUGCAGCUAUUUUAUCAUGCAAUGUGGGCGAGCUCUCACUAAUCGUGGGAAGCAGAGCUCGCUUGUAUGGACUGAUUUCAAAGGAGCUUUAUUUAUUAGUCAUCAGCGUUUCAACAGUUACACUGGCACUGGGUCCGCUGGCGAAUUUGGCAUUUAUUAAUCGAAUGGUGAACAAAUUAUCAGUUUACAUGUAGAACUCAAAUAGUUAACACAUCCAUACGUGUUCCUAACACCUAGUGUGAUAAAGGCUGAAACUGAAAUGUGUGGUAAUUUGGCAUAGGGUAAAUUGGAGUAGAUUAAAUUUGUAUAUAGGGUAAAAUGGCAUAGGUUAGAUUUGAAUAGUGUAAAUUGUCCUCCUACCUCAAAAACGACUGCGGAUUGCAUACAACUUCCGACCAAGAAAAGAUCAUUUUUAGCGCCCAGUUGUUUUCCAUAUGUCGUCAAAUUCUAUUCAUUUUUAAAGCAUGUAAAUGACGUGUGGCUCGUUGAAAUGUUCACGAAAUUCAGAGACAAUGUCUAUAGAAUGCAGUCCGAGCUUGGCGUGGUAACGUUAGCCUAAAAUUGAUGGUAUGUUUCGUGCUGCCAUUGAUUUGUGCAAGAUUUCCGAAUCGUGAUAAAGUGAACCUUAGCCAGCGCUGUCCUUACACUAAAUGUUUUCUAUCUAGGCACUCAUCACUCCUGUACUGCCUGAUUAACACUUCUAAAGUUUCAUACGAUAUGAUUGACUCCUCUAGUGAAAAUCGAAGUCUGAUCCUCUUAAAAACUAAACUGAAAGUUAAACAAGACUGCUCGUAUCAGGGCGAAGCCCUGAAUGUUCCGACUGCCUUUUAAGGUUUAUGGAGCAGUAAUAAAAUUAAAAAAUUAAAUGAAAUUAAAAAAAAAUGAAAAUCAUCCCCCCACACGCCAUAUAAAGUACAAAAAGAUAGA